AGCUAGAUGGUGUAGCAGAAGAAGGCGGUUCUGGUAUAAUAGGCCUUCGUUAGCUGGCACAGAGAGAGGCCCGCCUCGCCGCCCUCCUCAGUCAUAAAAUAGUGCAUCCAUUGCUGGGGGACGUUCCAACCGGCUUCUUGGUCUAACGACGAGUCUGAUUCAUUCACCGGUGAUGUACUGUUUUGGAUGUAAAAUGAUGAGGCGUUCAAGUAAACCGUGAAUUGGCUGACGCUGGGUCUAAGCCUCCAGAGUGAAGUGUGGUGCCCAGAGCAGCCUCCAGCUCCCUCUCUCUGUUUCCAUAUGCUCACAGCAGCUGUGGCCUGUGUCCUGCAGGAUGGAUGGGGUGGAUUUAAAGGGUCUCGUGUGUGUGCAUCAGCGCCCUCUGUUCUGUGACGGUGUUCUAGUCUUUUCCAUCUACCAAAGAACACCUCCCGUCCUCCACCCAGUCUCUGAGCCCUGUCUGUACAGGAACUGUCUUUGAGCAAUAAGCAAAGAGGAGAUUCUAGGGAGCUGUUGGAUUUCCCUUCCUAAGUCACCUAGAUACAAUUUUUUCUUACUGUAUGGAGGAGGCGUGAGCUUUUUUCUUUGCAUUUCACGGUUGAAUCGUACCCACUCACUUGCUGUGGGUGGUGGGAUGACGGAAAAGCCCAACGAUAAGAUGGUGAAGUUCCUGGCUCCCCCUCCGAAGAGUGGAAAUGGUACCGGGUCUGACUCUCUGGUCAGCGAGCGGCUAACGACGGAGGUGAGGAGACGGCACCACACCAUGGAGCGAGACCGCUGCAACCCAGAGCACCGCUUCUUACGGCGUAGCGUGAUCAGUGACUCCAACGCCACUGCCCUCGACCUCCCUCUACCCAGCAAGAUCCCAGUCCUGGCACCAACUGUGGCCCCCCAUCAGAGGCCCCAACCCUCCACUGCUCACGUGACGAGCAUCGAGCCAGGUGUAACUGUACAGUCCAGUGAGCAAAGAGGAGGAGGAGUGGUGAAGGUGGAUGUGGUGUCCGUCCACCAUAAAGCUGUAGUAAAACAAGAAGAUAUCUGUGACGGGGAGGUUGUGGUUGUCCAGUGUGCACCCCGACUGGCCUCCGAGCCACCAGGUCCAACAGCAGAACCAGGGGCCAGGGAGCAGGGGAAGGAGAGGCCAGAGGGAGAGGGGGGGGAGGAGGAAGAGGAAGAAGAAGACAAGGACUCUGCCAAGGCGCGUGCACAGGCGGAGCAGAGGGAGGCAGAGAAGAAGGUCCAGGAUGACAUCGAGGAGGCGGAGACCAAAGCAGUGGGGACGUCACCAGACGGACGCUUCCUGAAGUUUGACAUCGAGAUCGGACGCGGCUCCUUCAAAACGGUUUACAAGGGUCUGGACACCGAAACCACAGUAGAAGUAGCCUGGUGUGAACUGCAGGACCGCAAGCUGUCCAAGUCGGAGCGUCAGCGCUUCAAGGAGGAGGCGGGGAUGCUGAAGGGGCUGCAGCACCCCAACAUCGUGCGCUUCUACGACUCCUGGGAGGUCCCCUCAAAAGGCAGGAAGUGCAUCGUCCUGGUGACAGAGCUCAUGACCUCCGGUACCCUCAAAACGUACCUGAAGCGCUUCAAGGUGAUGAAGAUCAAGGUGCUGAGGAGCUGGUGUCGUCAGAUCCUAAAGGGCCUCCACUUCCUGCACACUCGGGCCCCGCCCAUCAUCCACCGCGACCUGAAGUGCGACAACAUCUUCAUCACUGGGCCAACCGGCUCCGUCAAGAUCGGAGACCUGGGAUUGGCCACGCUCAAGAGGGCCUCCUUUGCCAAGAGUGUUAUAGGUACCCCUGAGUUCAUGGCCCCUGAGAUGUAUGAGGAGAAGUACGACGAGUCUGUGGAUGUGUAUGCCUUUGGGAUGUGCAUGCUGGAGAUGGCCACCUCAGAGUACCCGUACUCCGAGUGCCAGAAUGCUGCCCAGAUCUACCGCAGAGUUACCAGCGGGGUGAAGCCAGGCAGCUUUGACAAGGUGGCCAUCCCAGAGGUGAAGGAGAUCAUCGAAGGAUGUAUUCGGCAGAACAAGGAUGAGAGGUAUUCCAUCAAGGACCUGCUGAACCACGCAUUCUUCCAGGAGGAGACAGGCGUGCGGGUGGAGCUGGCUGAGGAGGACGACGGAGAGAUGGAGGCCAUCAAGCUGUGGCUGAGGAUUGAGGACGUGAAGAAGCUCAAGGGGAAGUACAAGGAUAACGAGGCCAUCGAGUUCUCCUUUGACCUCGGGAAAGACAUCCCUGAAGAUGUGGCGCAGGAAAUGGUGGAGUCAGGCUAUGUGUGCGAGGGAGACCACAAGACCAUGGCCAAGGCCAUUAAAGACAGGGUGUCCCUGAUCAGCCGGAAGAGAGAGCAGAGACUGCAGGUCCGGCAGGAGCAGGAGAAGAGGAGGCUGGAGGAGGAGCAGCAGUGUCCAGUCCCCCCCCAGCAGCAGGCCAGCACAGAGCCCCCCCAGCCAGCAGCCCCAGCUCCCCAGCAGCCUGCCUCCUACCUCCUCCCCCAGCCUGCAGCCCAGCCUACCCUACAAACGACCACCUACAUGCCUACUGUACCAGGUCCAGGGCUCCCCUACCCCCCCCUGUCCUCCAGCCAGGCCCUGGCCCCAGCCUCGGGCCCCACGGUUGUUCCAGUCCAGCCAGGGCUGCAGGCUGAGUUGAAGGAGCUGGAUGUGGAGCAGCAGCACCAGGCCGACAAAACUCAGGCCGACAGAACCCAGGCCAUCUCCGUGCUCCCAGAAGCUAAGGCCCCCCAGCCUGCUGUGUCAUACACCUCCCUGCCCAAUCAGCAACCUCAGAUUCAGCCACAGGUCUCCUACCCUUCGAGCCAGACUGACCAAUCAACGCAACAGGUCGUGCCCAGCCCUGCUCCACCUGUGGCUCCAAGCACCCAGUCGACCCCUGGAACCCCCCAGCAGCCGGUGGCGCCUUCCUCCCAGCAGGUGCCCGCUCCCCCGCCUCAUCAGUCGGAGGGCAGCCCCACUUCCACACCUCUGCAGCCUGGUGCUCAGCAUCUCCAGGCCCCGAGUACUGCCCAGACUACAUUGGUGGACCAGCCAGCAGGACCGACAGCUCUGGUGUCUCCAUGUCUGGAGAGCAGCCUGGCUGACGCAGCGGGGGCGGCGGCGUCCUGUGUGAGUGACUGCAGCGAGGAGCUGCUGGGGGGCAGGCAUGAGGGACGCUCCCUCAAGAGACAUCAGCGCCGCUCGGUCCGCAGCCGCUCCCGCCACGAGAAGAUCACCAAGGCCAAGCUCAACGUGCUCAACAUCUCCAGCAUGGGGGACCGGGUGGCAGAGUGUCAGCUUGAGACACACAACAGGAAGAUGGUGACCUUCAAGUUUGACCUGGAUGGAGACAACCCAGAGGAGAUAACACAGAUCAUGGUGCAGAGUGAGUUCAUCCUGGAGAGUGAGCGCGAGUCGUUCAUCGAGCAGGUCCGUGAGGUCAUAGAGAUGGCUGACAACAAAGGAGAGGGCAUGAAGGAGGGCUACACCCAGUUGGUGAGUGAUUUACAGCAUCUGCAGCCUGAGAUGUCCAGUCCUCUACUAGCAGGAGCGCCCCCCAGUCUGGCAGCCCAGGUGGUCCACUCCGCGGGUCGCAGGUUCAUCGUCAGCCCCGUGCCUGAGUCUCGGCUCAGGGAGCAGUUCUUUGGCCCCCCCUCCGCUAACAGCUCCUUCAGUGACGAGCCUCCAGGUCUGGGAUUGUCCCUGUCUGCCCCCUCUGCCUGCCUCCAGCAUGCCUUCAGUCAAAUGAAGCAGAAUCAUGGAGAGAGACGAUCCACCCUGGGACACCCGUCUCUGGCCGACCCCACCACAGACCUCUCCUCCUUGGGAUCCCCGGGCCCAGCCUCCCCUCCCUCUGGCCUGGCUCCUCCAGAGGCUACGGCCUCUUCAUCCAUCCUACCUGCAGUGUCUGUCAGCUCCUCCUCCUCGGAGGAGGCAUCUCUUCUCCCCUCCACACAGCCAGAGGCUGCAGUUAGAGUGCCCCCCACGCCCCUUCCUAGCCCGACCCCUCCUCAUCCAACCCUGCCUCCCCAGCCCUCCUACCAGCCCGCCCCCUCCCAACCUGCCUCCCUUGCUCCCUACCCCCCUGCAGGUGUCUCUGAGCCCCCCCAAGUCUGCUCCGCUCAAGAGCCACACAACACUGCCUGCCCCGCCCCCUCUUCCUCUGGAGCUCCUAACAGCACAGCUGCCAAGACCCCUGUAGACCAGCGGCCAGUUAUCGUCUCUGUUAUAUCCUCUCAAUCCAACACUGCUCCCGUGGCUGUAGUACAGCCCGCCACCUCCCAGACCCAGCCUAUCCCUGUGUCUCUUCCUUCAACACAGCCCGCCCCCUCCCAGACCCAGCCUAUCCCUGUGUCUCUUCCUUCAACACAGCCCGCCCCCUCCCAGACCCAGCCUAUCCCUGUGUCUCUUCCUUCAACACAGCCCUCCCAGACCCAGCCUAUCCCUGUGUCUCUUCCUUCAACACAGCCCGCCCCCUCCCAGACCCAGCCUAUCCCUGUGUCUCUUCCUUCAACACAGCCCGCCCCCUCCCAGACCCAGCCUAUCCCUGUGUCUCUUCCUUCAACACAGCCCGCCCCCUCCCAGACCCAGCCUAUCCCUGUGUCUCUUCCUUCAACACAGCCCGCCCCCUCCCAGACUCAGCCUAUCCCUGUGUUUCUUCCUUCAACACAGCCCGCCCCCUCCCAGACUCAGCCUAUCACUGUUUCCGUCCCUUCAAUUCAGCCCUCCCAGAUCUCUGUCCCAGUUGUACAGCCCAACCCUUCUCAGACCCAGGCUUCUCCUGCUUCCGUCCCUGUAACACAGCCCGCCCCCUCUCUGACUCAGCCAAUCCCUGCUUCCGUCCCUGUAACACAGCCCGCCCCCUCUCUGACCCAGCCAAUCCCUGCUUCCGUCCCUGUAACACAGCCCGCUCCCUCUCUGACCCAGCCAAUCCCAGCUUCCGUCCCUGUAACUCAACCAGGGUCCAUUCCCUCCCAGCUACAAUCAUCCAGUUUACAGCCCCAGCCUGAGCCCCAGACUGGAGACCCGGAGGGGGCAGAGCUGCAGACUAAGACUCCUGGUAUAGACGACAUCCACGCCCUGGAUAAGAAGCUGCGCUCUCUGUUCAAAGACUCCCCCUCAUCUGACAGUCCUAACACAGGCACCUGCUCACCUCCCACCGGGACCACCUCCCCCCCGCCAGGAGCAGCCCUCCAGCCUCCCUCCACCCUGACCCUUCCCUCUGGAGCCCCUGUCCUUACCCCUGUCCUUACCCCCAGCCACACCCCCACAGCCAAGCCCAGCCAAGCUACCUGCCCCCAGGUGUAUCCUGACCAGGCAAUGACCCCCCCUACAGAGACUUUACCUCCAUUCCCUGGACCAACACAGCAGCCCAUGGGGAGCCUGGAUGCCCAGCUGAGGAGGGCCCUGAGCCCAGAGACUGUGUCUGGGGAAGCCCCCUCCGCCAGUCCUGCCUUCCAACUGGGCCGCUUCCAGGUCUCUGUGGCUGCGGAGAGCGCACCCCACAGCCCCUCCCCCUCCCACACCCCCUCCCCCUCCCACACCCCCUCCUCCUCCUCCUCCACAUCCCCCCUCUCCAGCCCAGAGAGCACGCUCCACCGCCGGUCCCCCCUGUCCAGGGGCGGGGGCCAGAGGGGGGACACUGUCGACGGAGAGACCUCCCACCCCGCUCCUCCUCCCACAACAAUAGGCCGCUUCCAGGUGUCUGCCAGUGCUAGUCCCGCCUCCGACCCCACCGAUGGAUCAGGCUCUAAAGUGGGCCGUUUCUCUGUGACAGUGAGGCCAGAAGACACAGCAGCAGGCUCCGCCCCCGGAUCCGCCCCCGGCUCCGCCCUGCAAAACGGCCCCCUCCCCUCCAACGCCCUCGACCCUGCCCACAGCUCCUGUCACUGUUACGUCAGCAGCGACAACGAGGACUCUGGGCCGGAAGAUGAGGCCUUCCAGAGGGAGGUCAGCCGUCUCCGAGAGAAACACAUGAUGGAGAUCCAGACGCUGCAUUCCCGCCAGAAGGAGGAGAUUGACACUCUCUUCUCCCGGCUGGGCAAGCCCCUCCCCUCGUCCAUCCUCUCCCCCGCCGUGACUAUGGCCGGGGGCCGCCGCCGGCCCAAGAGCAAGUCCCCUCGCAGCGGCCAGCCCAGCUCCCUCCACCAUAAAGAAGCCCCUGGCCAGACCCCCCAGGGUUCAACGUCCCCCGCUAAGCAGAGCUCUCCCCCCGGAACGGGUGCCUCAGAGCCAGCCAGCCGCACCUCCCUGCAGACCCUCAAACCUUCCCCCUCCAUGCCCAGCCUCAGCACUGCCACCCUGGGGGCCAGUGAGACCAUCUCGGACAGCGGAUCAGGCCACAGCCAGAGCUGCAGCAGCCAGACCCAAGGGGCAGGGCCCCAAAGCCGCACAGGGACCUUCACUGACGACUUGCACCAACUGGUGGACAACUGGGCCCGUGACGCCAUCAGCCUCUCCCAGGGCAAGAGGGGCUCCAAGACAGGAGGACAGGGACAUGAUAUGAUCCCUCCAGCCAACAUGGGUAGGAAGUUCUCAGCCCCUGGUCACCUCUGCCCCCCCCUGCCCUCUUCCACCCCCACCCCCUCCACCCUGGGAGGAACCCAGCCCUCUGCCCCCCUGGGCCCCAGGAAGGGCUCCCUUGCUCCCGCCCCCCAGGGCUUUAGCUACCCCGCUCCCUACACUGCCCCUCAGUGGACGGGGCCUUCCGCUUCCUGUCAGGUCAGCCUCCUCAACCCCGCCCAGUUCCAGGCCGCUCCCCCUGGCUCUGCCCCCAGCUCCGCCCCCCUGCAGCAGGGCUUCCACAUGGGGGCCACGCCCGCCCCCCAGAAGCCUGUGAGCAACCACACAGGCUCCAGCCUGAGACCCACGUAGCCCCCCCUCGCCCUGGGGGGCCGGCUGCCACAGGACUAAAACCACUAUCAUCCUUCAUUUUAGUAGUGGAGAGGAAUCCAGAUGGGCUGCUCCUAGGAGGGAGAUUGCAAUACAGACAAUCACUGCUGCCCUUCACUGAUGGGCUGGCUGCUCUGUCUGCGACGGUGGAAGGAGCUGUGAUUGGCUACUGGGUUGUCCUGGUGCCCAUGGGCCCUGCCCACAACAGCCAAAGACAUCUGUUGAAAGCACCCAUUGUGAUGUCAUCAUUGUGCUGCCAGACAGAGGGAUGUGGUCCUCUGCUCUGCACCUGUCCUUAAGCUUAACUAGGACAGAGGGGAGGACCCCAAACUCCACCUGACUGGCUGGCUGACUGGCUGGCUGGCUGACUGGAUUUAUUGGAUGAGAUUUCAGAGUUCUACUAAAUGUGAAAUGGUGUGUUGGGUUGUUGAAGACUCAAGGCAUAGGGUUCACACUUUCAUUGCUGUGCGUUUUAGAAGCAGAGGACGUAGGGGAGGUGAUGGUGUACAGGAUCCCUAUUGGCCUCAUCGCUACUGCUGUACAGUAAUGCAAUAAUGGUGGUGGCCCCUGUAACUGUGGCCUUAACAUAGUGUUUGUAUAUAAAUCUGUACCACAGGUUAUAUCAUCCCCAUGGAUGUGUUCCCCUUGCGGUGUUAUUCUGACGUGGUUACCUAGAAGAGCCGGUGAACCUCCUGGUCAUUAGUGGGUGCUGGAACACUUGGGGAGUAGUGUAGGGUGUCAGGAAUCAGCAGGAGGGCUUGGGGGUGUGGGAGGAGCCAGCAGGAGGGCUUGGGUGUGGGAGGAGCCAGCAGGAGGGCUUGGGUGUGGGAGGAGCCAGCAGGAGGGCUUGGGUGUGGGAGGAGCCAGCAGGAGGGCUUGGGGUGUGGGAGGAGCCAGCAGGAGGGCUUGGGGUGUGGGAGGAGCCAGCAGGAAGGCUUGUGCUUCACCUGGAGGUGCAUGCUGUUACACUGACAACCUUACCCCAUCCUCCCAUCCAACCUUCCCCUUUCAGGGUCAGCUCCCCGACCCUGACCAGCUCCAGGGGACAUUAUAUAAGGAAAACAAUGUGUUCUUUACGGACCUGUAUUCAGCCAUCAUAUCUUGAUGUUGUUUCACUGUAAAAAAAGGUUGUAAAACAACAUGUAGUUAAGGAAUCUAAAAGUGCAAUUGGAGAAACAGCGCAGGUUCAACCCUGUUCCUGGAGCUUUGAUCAGACACCAACCUGGCACGCCUUUCUAACUUCCUGUGUAUCUAGAUUUCUAAAUGUCCUGUGUGUUGAGGUGGGGGGAGGUUAAGAACACGCACUCGGCCCUGUGAAACCUGCAGAACACCUGUGCCUUGCAUCUACGCUGUGUGUGUGUGAGCGAAUGGCUGAGCCUCCGCAAGUGACGCUCACACACACACACACACACGACCCACCCAUAUAGAGCACAUUGGGUAAAAAACUGUGUGUGUAUAUAUAUAUA